CACAUAAAUGACUGAUGUCAAAUUUAUUAAGUCCUACCGCAGAAAAGGGAAGUGGAUUUACGAAAGCUUUAGUUUGUCGUGUCCAUGGCAACCGGUGAACACACGCUGGUUCGCGUGCUUCCCUGUAGUCAAGGCUUUGAUGUUAGGCUAAAGUAACAAAACAGGUGACUAAAUAAACAGCAUAAUCUACGGUAUAUGAAGUUUUAAAUCGAUUGCUGCUUUAAUGUCUUUUCGUGUGGCUGUAACGUUUUUUGCAUCUUUUAAAAACUUUUAAUUAACGUUACUUUGUUCGUCGCGUGCCUACUAGUUAAAGCUAUGAAUUCAAAAAGGACAGAAAUCCAAAAUGUUUAAGUUUUGUAGUUUAGGGUAAACUGUGUUUUAUGUAGACGUGUUUUUGUUUUGUUUUGUCUUAUCGUCUUUCACUCAUGGAGUUGGCAUAUUGAGUUUCAGCAUCUUCGGCACCUGAUCAGAACUAGCUUUUCUUUAACCAAACGUUUAAAAUAAAGCCAUAGUUUAAUAGUGUUUAAAAGCUGUGCUGUACCAUUGCCACCCCAGAAAAUCUUUUAGGAGUUUAAGUCAAGACCAAAUGCUUGGACUACUCUCUCACAGUUAACUGGUACGUCUGUGGAGGAAAUGUGAACAGGAUUACAGAGAAGAGAGAUGAAUGGCAUCCAUAAAGAAGCUGCCAAACUGUGCAGAGAAGCGGAUGAAAUAUUGUUCUCCGGGGAUCCUGAAAAAGCUGCAGCCCUGUACACCCAUGCUUUUCAAAACCAUGCCGGAUCUGCUGUGGCGCACAUGCGGCGUCUCGACAAAUGCCGUUUGGAGGAGGUGAUCUCGACCCUGGAAGCCUGGCUUGAUGGAGUUUCGCAAAACCCACUUAAAGGCCUUAGCAAGGGUCUUGUGGCUGUAUUUCUGUCUACAUUAUCCCCCAAUAAUGUUUCUGCCUCUGUCUUUAAGAUGGAGUCGGUCCUGCAGGGAGCAAGUCAUGGAUCGGAUGAGAUCUUUGCCCGGUGCUCCAAUCUUUUGGAGGGUAAACAAAUGCCCCAGCCGAGGGCUCACACACGGUUAGUUGUGGAGCUGACCAGAGCGUUGGCUUGCUUGCUGUCAGAUCAGCGAAAUCCAAAAGGUCCCCGAUUGUAUCUACAGGCGUUUCAGGGAAAUAAAUCUGAAACUGUUAGACUUGUCAAAGAAAGGCAAACACAGCAUGUACCAUUAUUAAUCGAGGCAUUUUACCAGCAAAUGUCUCCGGGAUUUUCUUUUUUCCAUAUUGAGCACCAGCUGGAAAAAAGUAGACCUGAGAGUAAACAGAUUGAUGCUUCUGAAGCGGUCGAGUUUUUACUUGCCAUUUUGCCAAAUCACAUCCAAGUCAGAGAGCUUCAAGCUGCAGUCUUGUUUUCAUCUGGAAAGUUUGUGGAAAGUGCAGAAGCUUUAACCCUGGCUCUUCAGAUGAGUACAUCACAAACCAAGAUGAACACAUGUAAUGGCCAUGUGGAGCAUCACAUGUCACCAGAAAGGAGAGCUUGCUUAUUGGUGGGCAGAGCGGCGGCCCUUUUUUCAGCAGGUGGGAGAGCAGAUGAAGUCUGCAAAGACCUGGGUGAUGCUUUUGCAGUUCACCCAGCAACAGCAAGACAGCAGUUCCAAGUCCUGUUCUCCGACAAUGACAUAGCGGUGGCAGCUUGCAUCCAACUACGUCAGCAGGCGGAGAAAGGUGUGUCUGAGUUCAGAGAAACUGUUCUUAGGAGGCCUGACCUGCGCUCGUCGAAAGGGGUGGAGUUGUUGGAUCCAGUUAUCGCUCAGCUCCGAACUCUCUGCCAUUUAGAGUCGGGCGGAGGAGGUAGGGAACUGCGUGUACGUUUGGCAGAUUGCCUUCUUAUGCGUGGGGAACAUAGAGAAGCCCUUUCAAUAAGUAGCCAGCUAGCUGCUGCAGCUCCAUCCCAGCACAGCUACCAGAAUACAGUGCAAGUUCUCCAAGGGUUUUCCCAUCUUUUCACAGAGGACCAUAAAAGCGCUCUGGAGGAUUUCCAGGCCGUGAUUGAGCACAAUGCUCCUCAUCCGCCCAGCUGCGUGCGUGCACUAUGUGGUAGGGGUAUCCUGCGCAUGAUAGCUGGUUCACACUACCUGACCGCUCUUGAUUACGUUACGGCGAGUCGAUUGCAGUUGCAGGAGACUGCUUUAACUGUGAGAUGUCUAGUGCCGUGGAAUUACCGUGGGUUGCUUUGCACCGUGUUGCUGGAACAGGGCAGAGCUAUGCUUGAGGGAACCGAUGAGCAAAAAGGGGAUUCCAGUUUCAAAGCACAACACGAGUCUGAGCAGAGUCACGUCAAAGAGAAUGAAAGGACUGCGGUUGGCGUGCACGCACUUGCGCUUCUCCUAAUGGAGCUGCAACCUGGUGCAGAUGGUCCUCAGAUUCUCACAGCGGAUGCUCUGUACCAGCUGGGUCGUGUUGAGGAGGCGUACCGGCUUCUUCUCAACAUCGAGCGCACAGCUCCACGGCCACCGAUUCUCGCCCGCCUCGCAAUUUUGCAGCUGCAUCGUGGCUUUCUUUAUGAUGCCUAUCAGCUCUUGAAGAAACUAAUUCUUUCUGGAGACACCAGCUGUCUGCGCCCUCUACUCUCUGUAACAUCUGUACAAGAUCGAACCCUUUUGGAAAACCAUUGUAACAACGCCUCAAAACGUAUUCUGUGUGGCCAGCAGUCAGAAACUGCCAUAAGGGAAGCUGUGACCUAUUUGUCCAUCGCCAUUAUGGCUUCAGGCGGUGGAGCAAUAGAUUCACUGUUGGAGAGAGCAAGAUGUUAUGCUUUAUUGGGCCAAUGGAAGACUGCCAUCUUUGAUUUUACUACCAUCCUUAAGGUGAACCCAAUUCAUGUGCAGGCAUUGUGUGGAAGAGGAUUCACUUAUCUUAUGCUGAACCAGCAAAAGGAAUGCAUACAAGACAUACUGGUUGCUCUUCAGUGUGAUGCUAAAGAGGUCUCUCUGAGCAUGUCGUCCCUUAAAGACAAAGCACGAAGGCUCAUUAGUGAAUGGUUGGAUCAGCACUGUCGUAGCAGCCUUUCAAUGAUUCUAUUGGCCAACCCGGUACCCUGCGGGGAGGAGCAUCUUCGAGAGGCCUUUUUGAUUUGUGGAGCGCUAAUGAACACUGACUGCAGGGAACCUAGGUGGCACCUCCUAUACAUAGAUACACUACUUGCCAAAGGGGAGUUGAAUGCUGCAGGUGCACACCUGAAGCAAGUGUUUGGUCUGGAGCCAAGGGAUGCCACAGCUAAGGCCAGGUGGGGUGUAGUAAAAACCUGGCAGCAGAACUACAAACUGGCUGCCAACUAUUUGAGUGAGGUGGCAGAGAAAGAACCAGCAACUCUGGACUUUCUCAUCUCACUUCUGCAAUCAUCUCAGAGAAAACGAGUGGCACAGGUAGCAUCUCAGCAUGCCAGCAGUGUUUCUCAAAGCGGUCAGUGGGAACACGCUUUAGCCCUGCUGACGCUAGCAGUACGAGCGGUCAGUGAUAAAAAGCUUAAGUACCUCAGGCAGCGUGCUGCCUGCCUGGCUCAUCUGGGCCUUCACGAAAGGGCUGUGUCCGACCUCGACAAGGUCAUCGAAGGCCACAGCGGUGAGGAUCAUAGGGUCUGCACAGAGGACCUUUGUCGCAGAGGCCGCAGUCUGCUGCUGUGUUCCCGCGAAGAGUCCGGCUUACAGGAUUUUUCUCAAGCCUUGGACCUGCAUGAGGAACAGGCUUUGCUGUACCUAGAGGCUGGACCAGAAAGACAAAAGCUUGCUGAUCUCUUUCUGCGCUUUGCCCUGCAAAACUUUGGAGAGCAGCAACUAGACAAGGCUUGGCUUCUGACAGAGACAGGACUUAAAUUAGAAAGCGAUCACGCAGAACUGCGUAGGCUGAGGGCUAAAAUAAAACGAGAGGUUUCAGGUCCAUGUACAGUCCACUGAAGAUUACACAUACUGUACUGAAAUUAUUCAUUAUUAUUGAUGAAGGAAAUUUCCUUGAUGGGUAACAGUUACAGCUGUGGGUUAUGGUGACUCAUAUACAGCCACGGAAAGAAUUAAGAGAAUUAAGAGAGUAUUGCAGUUUUUCCUUUAAUCAUCAUUUCUAAAUAUAUUACGACAAUUUC